UGAAACAUUGCUUCGCCCAGUGCCUAAUGCUUGUGCAUUAUUAUGUUAGUCAUCAAAACUGGACAUUUUUCAAAACGGAUGCAGUCUUAUUGGUUUCAUUCAGAGCAGGUUGUUACACGGUCCUUGGCAACCUGUCAAAUUAAUCACAAGCUAUAAAGGGUCAUCUGAAUUGUGUUCUAGCAGAGGUUUCCCUCAUCUGUCGAUCAUGAAACGACGUCAUUAUCCGCACAGAGCACAGUGUCAAGAGGAGCUAACAGCCUUAAAAUAACUGUUUCCUUUCAUUGUAUUGCCCCUUCCCGUCUGCGGGAGAAGAGCCAUGAAGAACCGUUCCUCAUCUCCCCCUUUGCACGUCCAUGUGGAUGAAAACACCCCUGUCCAUGUCCAUAUUAAAAAGGGUCAGAAAACCACACCUGCAAAAUGCCAGCAAAAGCACAAACAGAAAAUGAAAGGGAAUACUGUGAACGUGCGCCGAGCUGUCCAGGUGAAGUCGAAGGCCCCCUGGCUGCCCCCAGGAAAGACAUCUGUCCUUGAUUCCACCUACAAAUGGGAGGGACCAACUCACCGCCUGGAAAUUACACCUCCGGAUUCCGAGAAAAUGAUGUCAGUGCUGCGCCUGAGCGAUCUCUCUACGGAUGAGGAAGAUGCAGUUUGCAGCAAAAUAAACGAGUACGAGAGGAAGAUAGAUACCCUGAUGAACGUGGUGGGAACGCUGAAGAACGAGGCUAAGUCACAGAAACAGGAGCAAAUGACAAAGCGUCUGCUUGAGGAGCAGAAAGAAGAACUGAAUGAGGUCACACAAGAGCUGGUAGAAACAGAACAUGAGAACACGCUGCUCAGGCGCAAUAUUGAGCGCAUGAGGGAAGAGAAAGAUCUGACUGUGCUGCAGAAAAAUUACUUGCAGCAUGAGAAGGAGUGCCUGAUGUCCAAGCUGAGUGAGGCAGAGAGGGAUGGAGCAGCAGCGGCCAGACAGAUCAGUGCCCUGAAACAUACCAUUGGGAGACUCAACAUUGAGAAACACAUGAGCAGCUCAGACAUUAACAUGCUGACGAGACAAAAAGAGCUGCUGCUACAGAAACUGAGCACCUUUGAAGAAACCAAUCGUACGCUCCGGGAACUUCUCAGAGAGCAGCACGAACGGGAGAGGGAUGCUCAGAAGAUACUGGAGAAGCAAAGCGCGCUGUUGACAAUGUUGGCUGACGCAGAUGCAGAGAAAUUGGAACUUCAGAUGAGACUUGAGGAGAAAGAAAAAGAGAUCGACAGUCUUGCUAUUCAGAUACAGGAAGAAAAGGAACAGGCAAAGGCAGCAAGUGAACUGUCAAAAUCAAUGGAAUCUGUGAGAGGCCAUUUACAAGCGCAGCUACGACAUAAAGAAGCUGAGAACAACCGCCUGACCACGCAGAUCCGGAAUCUGGAGCUCAGUGAAGCUCAGCAUAAGGCAGAGGUGGAAUGUAUGAGGGAACAGCUGAAAGAAGCAAGGCAGAAGGCAGAUCGCGAUAAGGAUGCCCUGAAGAAAGCCCUCCGUGCACAGAAGGAGCGGGCAGAGCGGAGUGAGGAGUAUGCAGGGCAGCUGGCUGUGCAGCUGGCACAAAAGGACAGUUAUGUUACGGAGGCACUUUCUACUCUGGAGUCUUGGAAGAGUCGCUACAACAAAGUGGUGAAGGAUAAGAAUGACCUGGAACUGGAAAUGGUUACACUGAACAGCCGUAUUGCAGAUUUGCUGGAACAGCAGACAACCCUGGAGGACAGGAUGCGAGAGGACAGAGAUGCCUUGAUGGAUAAAUUGCACCAACAAACUACAGAGAACACUUCUUUCAAAAUGGAGAAUGAAAGACUAAAGGCUAGUGUGAUCCCAAUGGAGGAAGAGCUGAACCAAGCACACAUUGAAGUACAGCAGCUCAAGAGCUCUGUCAGGAAUUAUGAAGGGUUGAUUGAAACCUACAAGUCCCAGGUGUUGAAGACCCGCAUGGAAGCAGAUGAUGUGGCAGCGAAACUGGAGAUGUGUGAUAAAGAGAAAAAGGCACUAAAGGAUGAAAUGAACAAGGAGAUCGAACUGGCUCGCAAGCAGUUCCAGAGCCAGCUUGCUGAGUUGGAAAAGCUGCCUGAGAUCCUGAGGGUCACGGAGACACAGUUGGCAGAAUGUCAGGACCAGCUUCAGAGUUAUGAGAAGAAGAACGUGGACCUGUCUCUGAUGAUUGCAGAUCUUCGUCAGCGGAUUGAGCUCCAGGGGGACAAAAUGGAGAUGACAAGAGAGAGGUAUCAGUCUGCCCAGGAGGAGAAAAAGCAGCUCACCUUGAAGGUGGAGGAGCUGGAAAGAAAACUAGAAGCAACAAACGCCCAGAACAUAGAAUUCCUCCAGGUCAUAGCAAAGCGAGAGGAGUCGAUCCACCAGUGUCAGCUGCGGUUAGAAGAGAAGACCCGUGAGUGUAGCUCCCUGGCUCGUCAGCUGGAAGCGGCCAUUGAGGAUGCCAAACGACAAGUCGAACAAACUCGAGAACGAGCAACAUCACGAGAGAGGGCAGCCCAGUCCAAGAUGCUGGAUUUGGAGACCCAGCUGAGCAGGACGAAAACAGAGCUGAACCAGUUGCGUCGGAACAAAGAUGACGCAGAGCGCCGCUAUGAGAGCCGCCUGCAGGACUUAAAGGAUCGGCUGGAGCAGUCGGAAAGCACCAACCGCAGCAUGCAGAACUACGUCCAGUUCCUCAAAUCUUCCUAUGCCAACGUGUUUGGAGAAAGUGCCUUGCUGGGCUCUCCCAGCCGUUCUCGUUCUUCUCCGUGAGGACAAUGCUCUCUCUGCACCUCUGCUUUCAGGCCCCAAAUGAGCCCUGUGUCAAAGCCAUACGUUGUUUAGAAAAUGGGCUGAAAAUCGGGAGAAGUUUCCGGGUCGCUUAAGGGAGAAGUCUUUCUCUUUUCUUUGCAGCAUGAGGUGAUGCGAUGACGGUGGCAUGAGAUGUGAGCGUGCAGAGCACUGGCAGCGCUGGUUUGGUGCUGGAGGCUGGCACUGUGAGCUGUGCCCCAAACCCGGAUGGUUCUGCAUGCGGUGGGAAAGGCCCUUUUCAUCCUACGAGUUCUGGGUGGUUUCAGCUCUUUAAACCCGGCGGUGGUUUUAGUUGUGUUAAUGUUUGUGACAGCUGUUUUUUCCAUACUUCGGUUUUUCUUUUUUUUUUUUUUUCCCUGGUUCUGUAUUGGGGGAGAUCAUGUGGUAUUUCUGCUUUGUGUUGCUGUUACAUGUUCUGUUGGUGCCUGGCUGACAGGGGGUGGUGGGAGAGAAGUCCGCCCACCUCUCAGGGAAGCGUGAAGCUGAAAAUAACAGAAGUGCCCGGGCUUAAUGCUUACAAGGCGUUAUCUCCUGAACCACUACGGUGUUCGUAAAGUUUUAUACCAGAAAUAAUGAUUUUUUUAUUUUUUUUUUAACUUGACACGUGUGUGCUCUGUGAUCCUCGCUUUUUUCUUAGCGUGAUGCUAAUUUUGUUUUCCCCCUCACCCCGCUCCCGGUUUCCUUCUCCUGGAUAGCCCCAGGCCUGCGCCAAAACCAUCUGUAUUCCAAGGGAAGGCUGCAGCUGGGUCUCACUGUGAAUGCUGUAAGAAUUCAUGUGCACCAAAUACAGAUUGGCUCCAAAACCCAUUGGGGAGCGGCUGCUGAUGCUCAGCAUCUUCAUCAAACCCAGCUGCAGCGUUCUCCUGGAAAAUCAGCUCUGUGCCGUCCAGGCCUGCAGCUCCCCUGCUCUCUGGUGCCCUGCUCCUUCCAGUCCGUGCUUCCUUAGGGGGACAAAAUUAAACGUUGCUUUUAUUUUGUAACGCUUUUGUAUCCUAUUUAUGUGUGGUGUGGUCACGGGCCAGUGUUUGUCACAGAGGUUUUCGGAGAUAAUCAUUAUUUGAGAAUUCUGUAAUUUUGUGUGUAACUCUUUUUGGAAGAAAUCCUAAAGGUGCUAUGGUAACAAGCAAACAAAAAGGAACCCGAAAUUAAAUAAAUAAAUAAAUAAACUAAAUUUUAAUUGAU